UGUAAUCUAUCUAUGUUUAGGAUACAACACCCACUUAUAAUUGUAAUUACAAAAAUAGAAAAUUAGUUAUCAGUGCCGCAUUCUACUGUAACCAACAGAACAAACUGCAACGCCACCAUUGCUGAGCUCCUCUAUAAAAACCCUCCACCAUUCCUUAACUCUUACAUUGCAAAUCUCUAACCCUCUCCCAUAAUUUAUCUAAGACAUCAUCAUGGUUGUCUUAAGGCACCUUGUAGUAGUGGUCGUUUCUAUUGCCAUCCUUUCCUUCAUCCCCAGUGCUUGUAUUGCUGCCAACAAAAUGAAUGCCAUAGAUCAAUGUUGGAAACCGAGUCCGAAUUGGCGAAGAAGCCGGCAACAACUGGCAUCUUGUUCUGUAGGGUUUGCAGGGAAAAUGACUAACAAUGUUGGGAGAGAUGUUGUAAUGUAUAAAGUCACCGAUCCUAGUGAUGACCCUGUGAACCCCAAACAAGGGACGUUAAGACAUGGAGCCACCAUGAUCACAGGCAAAGUCUGGAUCACUUUCGAAAGGAACAUGGAUAUCAAACUUGAGAAACCUCUUCUUAUUAGCAGCUAUACUGCCAUUGACGGUCGCGGUGUUGAUGUUGGAAUUGAAGGCUUCGGAUGCUUCUUGGUGUACAAGGCAACGGACGUGAUCAUCCAUGGCCUAAGGAUUCACCAUUGCAAUGCACAAGGGCCUAGCACAGUCAUGGGACCAGAUGGGAAACAAAUGCAAUUAGGUCAGAUGGAUGGGGAUGCAAUAAGGCUGGUCAGUGCAUCUAAGAUUUGGAUAGAUCACAACACACUGUAUUCAUGCCAGGAUGGUCUUCUUGAUGUCACUCGAGGAUCUACAUUUGUUACUGUCUCUAACAAUUGGUUUAGAGACCAAGACAAGGUCAUGCUACUUGGCCAUGAUGAUGGGUUCUUGAGGGACAAGAACAUGAAGGUCACUGUUGCCUUCAAUCGUUUCGGACCUAAUUGUAACCAGAGAAUGCCAAGGAUUCGCCAUGGAUAUGCACAUGUAGCCAACAAUCUGUACCGAGGAUGGGAACAGUAUGCGAUUGGGGGAAGCAUGAGUCCUAGCAUCAAGAGCGAAUCCAACUAUUUUAUUGCACCAACAUCAGGAAAGAAGGAGGUAACAUGGAGAAAUGGGAUCGGUGGGAAAAGCAAGCCCUGGAACUUCUACUCCAUAGGGGAUCUGUUUACAAAUGGAGCUUCAUUUUUCCAAACAGGUCGCAGAGGUAUGGCAAAGCCUAACUACAAUAAGGAGCAAAGCUUCAAGGUUGGAGAUGCCAAGUAUGUGAAGGCAUUGACAAGCUCUGCAGGUGCUUUGAAGUGCUCAAGGACAUCUAGAUGCUGAUGAGUCCAACAGAAUAUGAAAAUCUUUUCUUCUUUCUCCAAGGACUAGUCUAAUGGUUCAUGAAAAAUUGCUAUGUUAUAAAGCAUUACAACUCCAAACUCUUAAUUUUCACGAAUUUUGUAAAAAAAAAAAAAAAUAUAAGCUUCUAUUAUCAAAUAUGUUAUUUGAUUGUUUCUGCUUGCUUCCUUGAACGGUAGUAAAACAGAUUCUCCUCAAAUUACAGCAACAGAACCCGGUAGAAGAUCCAUUACACUUUUUGUAGAAUCUGAACAAAAAUAUUCGCUUCAUUUUACGAAGCACAUCAUUGUACCCAUUU